AUGUCGGCCAUACAAGGGAACACUUCUACAGAACAAGGAACGGAACUGGAGUCGUCACCUUCGGCAGACAUGAUAAACUUACCUAAUGUUAAAUAUGCAUGCUUACCGACAACAUUUAAUGAAUCUUCGAGUUUUGAUCCAACAUUUCAACAUCACAAUGACAUCCACUAUUAUGUCAACAUAACCAGUCUAGUUUACACGAGCUUUGCUUUGACCAGGAAUGGUCACCUGAUGAAUUAUCUAGAGGAAAGCUCUUGUGAGGUGGGUUUCGAGCCACCCAUUGAUGCAGGAAAGUGUAGCGACGUGUGCAGCGCGAAAAUAUCUUCAUGUAACGUGUCUGGUACGUGGAAUACUUAUAACGAGGAUGUAUCAGUUGCAUGUGAAAACACAGAUGUCUUAACUUUUCCACCAGUUAAGUUUAACUCAAUUGUUUAUAAAAACAGAUUCUGUCUGAUCUGUAACCCCACUGAAACACAUCUUGCUGAAACAGAUCAGUCCUGCACGCUGCAAGAAAAUUCAAAUCUGACCAAGGCUUGUCUGCAGUUUCCUAAUGUCCAUAUUUGUGCAGGAUACAAAAACAUUUUUUGUAAAAUGUGUAAUGACAUCAACGCUUCUAACUGUAUUGAUGUUUUUUACAAAGAGGUCAUUCCUUCAACUACUACGCCAUGGCCCACAAUUCCCCCAUAUACCUGGUCAUACAGAACUUACUUCUCUAUAUCUUCAUAUGAACAAUCAGGUAUCCUGCCUGUUGAAGACAUUUACAGCAAUUGUUUGCCAAACCAGAUUUAUGAUAGCAGUCAGAAAACAUGCAAAAAUCUGACCUGCUUUCCUGGAAAGACACAAAUGAACGACACUUGUGUAGCCUUACUAGCAUCCACUCAGAACUUACGAUACACUCUUCCAAAAGUUAUCCGGAAUGAUCUAGAGAUAAAACUGAUAGAAUUCACUCAAUUGUCCACAAAUUGGACUCUUGUGGACGACAUUGUAGUUAAUGUAGAACUUUCUAGAAGUGAGAAAGCUCUCAGCUUGCCAUAUUUAGUCUGGAAAGUUCACAAAUCACAGUGUAUUGUUUUAUCUGACAAAAAGAAAUGCGGUUCUGGCAUGUUCAAAAAUGCUUUAGUUAGCCCUCUUUUGAGAUGCAAACAAGUUGAAUUGAAAGGCAACGAAUUUGGGGUUCACUGGACAAAACUUCGAUCCACGUUUUCAUACCUAGGGUUGUCUCUAUCUUCUUAUCACUUCGCGGCCGAUGCUACUGUUCAAUAUCGGGUAUGUGCCUCUGAUAUUUCUAUCUACAAAGAGAAAUUGAAAGAAAUGGGUUUUAUUGAUGAAGGCCUUCCCUUGUCUUUGCUUACACUAAGUUGUGUAUGCAUAUCUCUGUUGUUCUUGGUGUUAGCGUUUACAACAUAUUGUCUAUUUCCAAGCCUUAGGACACUUCCUGGAAUUAACAAUAUGAUCUUGAUGAUUUUUCUGUUUCUAGCACAGAUGUUGCUGAUUGUCAGACCAUUUUUUCGUUCUACAGGUAUGGUUGUAUUGUCGGCUUUGUCCCAUAUAUCAUGGCUCUUGUUGUUUUUCUGGCUUCAGGUUUGCUCUUUUCACAUGUUCCGAGUCUUCAGGCAAGAUCGUCGUACCGAGAAUUCAGGGAGCUAUAUCAGAAAAACAAUAACUAAGUAUGUCUCGUAUGCUUUCGGUAGUUCCUCAUUUAUUGUUUCUUGCAAUUUAAUUAUAUCUUUGAUAGAGUCGAACGGCAAAAACACUGGCUACGAUAACGCGUCGUCUUUAAUGACGCACAAAAUUUCCUUCAUCGUGACGCUUAUAUUGCCGUUAACUUUGAUCUGCUUGACAAAUAUAAUGUUUUAUAUUCUGACGUCAUAUAAAAUAUACUCCUCACCAGACAUUGAAAGCACAUCCAGAAAUAGAAUUCAAUUUACUGUUUAUGUAAAAUUGUUUUCUUUGACUGGACUGUCAUGGCUCUUACAGAUUGUAGAUACAUUUAUUGAAGUUUCCAUCUUGUCGUAUUUUGUGGCAAUUCUCAAUGGCUUGCAAGGGUUCUUUAUAUUUCUCAGUUACGUAUGCAACAAAAGAGUAUGGAAUUUGUACAAGAAAGCUUUUGGAAGUUCUUUUAUUGAUCAGUCUAAAACCUCUUCGGGUAGAGUUACUUAUUCAAAUGAAAACUAA